GAUGUGGGUUUGCUUUUUUCUGUUUACGUUCUCCGUCUUCUUUCGUCUUGUUUUUGGUUUUAUGUCUUAGAAAACAGAACUUUUCAAAGCAGGCCUGGCACAGCCCAAGGCUACUCUGCCCCCACGUGGACGCUCCCCAGGGGAAAGAAGUCUGGAAGUAAACUUAGCCCCGCUGGCCUGAAGGCCUCAACUCUGGCUGGACUGUAAGUUUUGGAGUCAUGACCUUCUCGCUUGGCAGGUGGGAUUCUUUAUCUGCUUUGGGCUGGACCUGAACCUCAGCUGGCACCCAAAUCUCCCCGCUCCAAUCACACCUUGUACCGGAGCUAGGCCCUGGACACUGAUCUGCAACAUGGAUAAAUAUGACGACCUGGGCCUGGAGGCCAGUAAGUUCAUCGAGGACCUGAACAUGUACGAGGCCUCCAAGGAUGGACUCUUCCGUGUGGACAAGGGUGUCGGCAACAACCCUGAAUUUGAGGAAACUCGCAGGGUGUUUGCGACCAAGAUGGCUAAAAUCCACCUCCAGCAGCAGCAGCAACAGCAGCAGCAGCUCUUACAGGAGGAGGCCCUGUCUAGGGCUGCCAGAAGCCCUGUCAACGGUGGGAGCCGUCCGGGUGUGAGCAGCAAGCUGACAACAGAUGGUGCCGCCAAGCCCCCUCUGGCUGCGCCAACAGUGGCACCUGGAUUAGCAGCCACCACUGUGGCUGUGCAGCCCUCAUACCCAUCUCAGGAGCAGAGGGCCAGGCCAUCUGCCCAUGGUGCAAGGCCUGGCAAUCAGAACUGUGGUUCUAGGGAGGCGCCUGUGAGUUCCCAGAGGCCUGCUUUACACGGUCUGGGUCCCUGUGAAGACCCUUCCUGCCUCACUCAUGGAGACUAUUACGACAAUUUCUCUUUGGCAAGCCCACAGUGGGGUGAUAAGCCAGAAGUGUCCCCCAGCUUGAAUCCGAGUGUAAGGAGUGGGUGGCCAGGUUGCCCAGGGAAUGAUUCCCCAUUGCCCAGAUCCUGCGGGGACCAUUACUCUUACCAGCCACAAAUCCCCGUGUGCUCUGGCAGGCCUUUUGAGAGUGGCAUCAGUGGCCAGGAUGGUGGCAUUAGUGGCCCUAGCAAUGUGAAGCCAACAGGCCUUUGGUCUACUGCCUCCUCUCAGCGGGUGAACCUCGGCUUUUCCUCUCCGGGCUUGGAGAAUGGGGCCCCAGCUCAACCCAGGAGCACAGCUGUUUCUGCACCUCUGGUCCCUGACAGCACGAGCCAAGGAGCUUGUCUAAGAGAUUCAGGUCUGGGAUGUGAGGCUCCAGGCAAGGUCCUCAAACCUACUGUGGACGCUCAGCCUUGGCUCCAGGAUGGGCCCAAGUCUUACCUCUCUGUUUCUGCUCCAUUAUCCUCAACAACUGACAAGGACAGUACCCAACCAGGUAUGACCCCCGGGCUGGGUCCUAAGCCUGGAUGCAUGGACUCUGGCAUUGGUCCCAAGCCCAGCCCCACCAGCCUUGUCCAUCCGGUGAUGUCCACUCCAUCUGAGUUAACUUGUAAAGAGAGUCCUCCCAGCUGGUCCACUGACAGUAGCCUGGGACCUGUGCUCCCAGAGAGCUCCACCCCCACCAAGGUGAGGUUGCCUUGCCAGACCCUGGCACCAGGUCCUGAGCUUGGACCCUCUACUGCGGAGUUGAAAUUAGAAGCCCUUACCCAGCGUCUGGAGCAAGAAAUGGACGCUCACCCUAAAGCUGAUUACUUUGGAGCCUGUGUGAAAUGCAGCAAAGGGGUGUUUGGAGCUGGCCAGGCCUGUCAGGCCAUGGGGGACCUCUACCACGAUGCAUGCUUCACCUGUGCAGCCUGCAGCAGGAAGUUAAGAGGAAAAGCCUUCUAUUUUGUCAACGGCAAAGUAUUCUGCGAGGAAGACUUUUUGUACUCUGGCUUUCAGCAGUCUGCCGACAGGUGUUUUCUUUGUGGACAUCUGAUCAUGGACAUGAUCCUACAGGCCCUAGGGAAGUCCUAUCACCCUGGCUGUUUCCGCUGUGUCGUCUGUAAUGAAUGUCUGGAUGGGGUGCCUUUCACCGUGGACUCAGAGAACAAGAUCUACUGUGUCCGAGAUUACCACAAGGUGCUGGCCCCAAAGUGUGCAGCCUGUGGGCUUCCCAUCCUUCCACCAGAGGGCUCAGAUGAGACCAUCCGUGUUGUGUCCAUGGACAGAGACUACCAUGUGGAGUGCUACCAUUGUGAGGACUGUGGUCUAGAGCUCAAUGAUGAGGACGGUCACCGCUGCUACCCACUGGAGGACCACCUGUUCUGUCACUCCUGCCAUGUCAAGAGGCUGGAGAAAGGACCCUCACCUGCAGCCCUCCACCAGCACCAUUUCUAGUCAGAGACACAGUGGGAUGCAGGGCCAGGGUCGUCCAGGGAGGUGUCUGUAGGGUACUUCUGGGGAUCCCCAGAGCUGGAGCUCAGGAAGAGGAGGGACAGGAGGUCAAGUUCCUGUGUGUGAGAAGGGUACCUUUGUUUCAACCACAGCAGUGUGCACUCCCCAUCAAGUCCAUGUGUUUUCCAAGUGCUCUUUCCCAUUGCCAUACCCUCACCAAAUCACUCAGGAAGAUGCUCUAGUUUGCACAUGGCACACAACACAAGGUUGGGCCUGUGUAACUGGACACAUCCUACUCCAUGGAAAUAGUUCAUGCUUCAUGGGGACAGGUUUUCGGAUUGUGUUGAGCACAUUUCACAAUGUUCCUAAAGAGAAGCAGUGAUGGAGAUGGGCCACACCUCCCUCCUCUAGGAAAAUACCUGCACCCAGGUAAUCCUCACACAUCCUAUGGUGUGAUUUACAGUUCUUUUCACCUCAGAACUUUAGUUCUUCUGAGAACUGCAUUACAACAAGAAAGAAGCACUGUAUAUGCUUUGUACACUUGGAGUUUGCUUGGUAAACCAGAGCCAAGCUUUGACGUCUGGGAGGCUGGGCCUCCCUGUUGUGCCUCUGCCUCUCCUCUCCUAAGGCAGCUGAGCGGUGGCAGAGGCCUGCCCUGUCCUACACAGCCAGCUCUGAGAGAACUGGUGCAGGCACCAGACGUCUUGUCCACUGCUUGGUGCUGUUGCUUCUUUGCUUCCUCUAGUCUGUGACAUUGGAGUUGCUUCCUUAAGGUGAGUCUGAGGAUCUCAUGUGCUUAUUUGGAUCCUCUUUCUGCUUAUUUGUCCAUAUGCUGGGAGAGAGCUCCUUUUGAAAGGAGAGUUUUUGUGUGUGAGAUCUCAAAGCUAGCACCAGAGGGAGUGCCUGAGGACGUCUCAGAGGUAUCUCUCCUGCCCACUUCUCAGCACAGACAUUAAUUCGGUUUGAAGAAACCAAUAUAAGGUACACUGCUUUUGACUGUUUUUUUUAUUUUCUUCAUUAUUUCUCUCCACCUUUUUCCACACACAAAACAUACCUCACAGAUAGUUUUCACUAAAUCACCAUCAAGGAGGAAUCCGCCUAUUAUAUUGGUCUAUUAGCAGUGGCUAAUUUCCACUCUUGACUGCAGUCACAAGCAAGGUCAUCCGAGACCAGAUGCAACUGAAAUCAGCACACUGGCCCCAUGUGCCUCUGGCUCCUGGGGUAGCCUGGCUAAGAGGGAGACCACAUGUUGACAAAAUGUUAAGAUCACUUCUGAGCUGGGUAUGUGGGCACCUGCUCUUCCAACAUUUGGGAGACUGGUUUGUGAAGUACCUACUCCAAGGCUGUCCUCAACUAUAUGAGGCUGUGGCCCCACUCAAAAACUAAAAAAAAAAAAAAAAAAAAAAAAAAAAAAAAAAAAAAAUUAAAGAGAAGAAACAAAAAUCCACCCAGCACUAAAGAACAUAAUCAACUCUGCCUAUCACUUCCUGAGGUCAGAGGUCAGUGUCUCCUUGAUAAUUCACAUGGGAGAAUGGGAGAAACUGAAAAAGCAUAAACAAAAUGGCUUUUCAGUUGCCCUCUUAUCUUCAAGGAGUGCCCACAACUUGUGGCAGGGAAGCUGUAGUAUCUCACUUCUGCUGGUCUGGCUGGGUACCCAGCAGCUGGCUUGGGUGACGAAGCAUGGUCAGGGGAGCCCCACCACAUGUGAAGUGGACUCUUGACUGGGCCCCAGCUCUACCUGUAGGCUAUUUCAAUCCUGCUGGCCUCUGUUGCCUGGGAGAAGUUCAGAACUGGUGCUGGGGACCAGGACCAUCUUUUUCAUUUUUUAAAGGUUCAUUAUGCUGGGAUCCUUUGGUCAAAUGUCACUUCCUUGUUUCUCAUUCUAGACAGAGCCCCUUAAAAAAACUGAAUAUAUGGGGCUAUGGAGAUAGACCCUGAAGCUAGGCCCCUUUCUUCCCUUCAAGUUAUCUAACUUGGCUUUGGCAAGGCUGACAGGGAAAGGAAACGAGCCAAUAUGUCUUUGCCACCCUUGAGGUGCUGGUCUAGUUGACAUACCUUACUCCAAUUUUGAGUCAAGAUAACUGAAGGAAAUUGUAUUGGAAUCAAUGUCAGAAGUAGAGGGUGUUUGUUUGCAAAUUGGAUAAUUAGUUUAAAACUCUGUGAUUAGUUUUUAAAUGAAAUUCCUGAAUUCCUGAUUGAAAUGAUUUGGAUGUGUUUGCAAAUAUAUUUUAUAUUACUGAAAAAGAAUAAUAAAGGAAUUUGCAGACUUCCUAUAAUA